CUCAUGAAGACAAAGGAGCAUGUUUUGCGUACAGUUUCCCUCAAGGCUUGACGCGGUGGCCAAGCUCGGUACCGCACCGAGCAAAAAACAAACUACAACGAGAGGGCGUGCGGCGAGGUGCGACCGCUUCCACGGCUGCCAGGUGCUCGGCCGCGGGGCAGCCGAAGACCCACAGAAGGGAAAAGAGAGUGCAGGGUUGCCAGUCCGCGGGGAUUCUGAUCGUGGCGCUGGCACUUCUCGUGCGCCUGAAAAGAUCAUGCAUCGUGGCCAGGUCGCGGGAGUUCUCCCGCAGCUCUGGCACGUCCCGCGCCUGCCGAAGAGGCCCUCUGUCAACAGCAUGCCGAAAACAAAAAACAAUAUGCACGUGCUGCAACGCCAGCGGGCGGGGCACGUGCGGCCAGGGAGGGCAGGCGCACGUUCUUCAAAGGAAAACCACAUGCGCACAUGAACACACACACGUUAUAGGUAUGACGACGAGAAGGCUGAAAUUGGCGAAUCCUGUCAGCGCCAUCUUGGGUCAGAUUGAGGCCUACUGAGGCUACCUGGACCGAAGACGCCGCCGACUUGUUUACUCGAACCAUGGCGUGGGGGCUCGUGCUCCCGAUGUCAUGCUGCGGGCGCCGGCGAAAGAAGAUGAUAUUAGUGUGGCCACGAUGUUGGCAAGGUUCUAUUGCCCGCACACGAGCGGGGCGACCGUAUACGCUCGGCCUGGAGCGUGCUGUACAGCAGCUCAGUCUCUGAUCACAUCAGGGCAGACCUUGCACACACUGUUCAAGAAUGGGCUUCUGACUUUUGUAUACGUCUGUUGUCCACCAAGUCUCUCGGGAUGAUGUUGUCUCCAAUGCGACGUCCACAAUUGAAAUGAAGGAUGCCAACGAGAAAGUGAUGACACCCGUCGUAAAAUGCGUGGCACAUUUCCAUGUUCCACCCAUAAUCAAUCGGGUGAAGACCCUGCGGUCUUGCAUUAGAGUCUGUCUCGUUGCUAAGCUUCAUGAGAGCAGCAUGCAUGAGGUCUUGGUCUGCCCAUCUUAAAACCAUGUAUCCAUUGUCGAAUUGCGACCCACCAAUCCGAAGCGAAUCAAAAACGUUCCCCAUUGCCUCUGCCCAUCCACGUUCACGCAUUUUUUGGAAGUCCUGCAACACAACGCCAGUAUUAAUUCUGUCUCCAAAAUCCAUGAAUGGCCGCCAAGUUGCCCCAACCAGUUCUUUAGAGUCGAAACGGCCAAUUUGCAUAUACAGAUCUACCAGCGACUGUGCUGCAAAGACGUCUGUGUCGAUGAGAACGCAUCUGUUCACAGAGGAAAAGAUAUCAUAGGCAAAAGACUUCGAGACUGCAGCGACCCCGUAGCCAUUCGAAAGUUUGACUUUCAUAUUAUCAAGUUCCUUCAGUAUGGCAACCUCGUCUAGAAUGUACAACUCGUACGAAUGAAAACCAUUUCUUUCUAACACAUCGGCCAACAAAGCCUGGGAGCCCGAAUCCGUAACACAAUGAAAAGCAUCCUCGAGAGAACGAUCUACGGUAUGCCCAUCGACGAAGCGCUGCUUCUGCAAAGAGCCGAGAAACAUGUCAAAUUCUGCGACAGCCCCUGCACCUAUGACUGCGGAGCAUAAGUGCGCGCUAUCAGGCUGAGCCAGCUUGCUUCCAAUGGCUACAGGUGCCGAUUGCAAGGAAUUCAACGUGAUACUACGAAUGGCAUUGAAUGAUCGAUUGUACUCCCCCGUUGGGGUCAGCUUCGAGUGCUGGUUGCCCCCCUCGUGCAUGAUGGGCAGAAACAGCACCAGACACAGGGCAACGGGCACCACCGCGAGAAAACGCCUCACGGGCUUGCCGAGAAGCCCCUGCGCCGUUUCAGCCGGCGCCACAUCACGCAGUGCUUCAGUGUCUUUUUCCGCGAGAAGGAAAUCGUCAGAGUCAUGCUCCUCAGACGGUGACUCGGAUUGGCAAAUACAUCGGUCGCGCCCUGACCAAUACAUUGGGCCAAUAUGAUCUAGCCCGAGUGGCUACGGAACCAAAGAAGCCGCAGACCUAACCGAGACUGGGGCGCAGUAGAC